AAACAAAUAUAAGUAUCAUCAAAAUAAAUUAAAUAUAAAAUUAUUACAAAGUGUGUUUCUGAACGACAAUCAGACAUUUUUGCUCUAAGGAGUGAUCCAAGUUCAUCUGUUAAAUUUGCUAUGGAUCAGCAAAGGCCAGAAAGCAGUACAAAUCACGGAAAGAGGACACGACCUUUGCUCUUGCAACCGAGCCCCAAGAUCGCUAGAGUGUCAGCGUACGCUAGUUCCACGUCCAGUGGUGUUUUAAAGAAUUCGAAGAAGUUAACUCCAAAGAAAUCUCAAGUGACAUAUAACAGGAGUGAUGUCCCUCUCGCUGGUACUCCAGUCCCGGAUAAGUACGUACGUAAGGCAGGCCCUUACUUACUGGGCCCCAAGUUAGGGCCCAGUCCCGUGAAGAGUAUAGUCCAGUGUCUAGCGCGUAAGGAGAGAACAGAUGACUUUUAUCAGGUAAAAAUAUUAACUUUAAGAAAUGAAGGGCAGCCGGAAACACAGGACGACAGGCAGGGUAAAAUGUUAUUGCACACAGAAUACUCAUUAUUGUCCUUAUUGACAGAUCAAGAUGGUGUUAUACACCACCAUGGACUUUUUAAGGACCAUGCAUUAGAAGAAGUGCCAAAUCCAAACGGACCUGGUUUUAUUUACACGGGCAGGGUCAGACAGAGGUUGUUCCUUGUUUUGGACUGCGUCACAUCUCACCAGUUCAGCGAGAAAGGCUCCGAGCUCAUCAACCUGCAACAAUAUGUUACCAAAGUGAAGAAGGUUCCAGAAAAAGAGGCCAUAUUGAUAUUUUACGACAUUGUUAGGGUAGUAGCUAAUUUGCAUAAGAGAAAUAUAGUACAUAGAGAUAUAAAAUUAGGCAAUAUAGUACUGAAUCAAAGGACGGGGCGUGUUAUAAUCACCAACUUUUGCCUCGGGACACACCUCGGCAGCGAUCGGGACCUGUUGAAGGAUCAGAGAGGGUCACCGGCGUACAUCUCGCCGGACGUGCUGCAGUGCAAGCCGUACCUGGGCAAGCCGUCCGACAUGUGGGCGCUGGGCGUCGUGCUCUACACCAUGCUGUACGGACAGUUCCCCUUCUGCGACACCAGCCUCGCGCAGCUCUUCAGCAGGAUACAGGCCGCCAACUACAACAUACCGCCGGAUGGAAAUUCAGUGCAAGCUUCAGACAAUACCGUAUUCCUCAUACAGAGGUUGUUGGUGAAGGAUCCGAAACAUAGACUACUAGCAGACGAGGUCCUGGAUCAACUGUCCAGUAUAAUAGCCAGUUAUGUGAUAGUACCGAAUCCACCUGAAGAUCUGCAGGUGGUCCCUGACGUCCCACUGGAUGAAGAGCCCAAAGAGAAGACUGAUGGCAACCAGUCCUCCACUGAAGUGGACCGGAAACCCUUCAUCACCAUACCUGAAAAUGGGGGAGAGACACCUAGUGCUAAUGAAGAAUUAGGCAUAUUCUGCGUGCCACUACCAGACUUCCUAGCUCUAAACUUCCCAUCACCAACCCGGGUUCAACAGAACGGCAUCAUCAUCCACCCGACACACACCGUCGAUUCAUCAUCGAUCUCAUCACCGAACCAGCAGAACCAACGGCAGAUCACUGUCCAACGGAUAGGCAGGGAUGCGAGGCCGCUACUUCCUUGUGAGAUUGCCAGGUAUCAGCACAUGUUUGCUUCCAACCAGCCCCGUACAGAGACUCAGACUCGCAGGGAAGUGCAGAACUUCGUCCCUGAACGACAGGAGAGGCAGGAGAACACAAGAUUGAGGGCGUUAGCUCAGAGGAUUCCUCGGCUCAAUCCUGUGGUGACGGCCACAUCGAACGGACAAGGGAACUUGGGUAGUUCCAGUGAUUUCAGACCGAUACCCUGGUCGGAAAGGAUGAGAGGCAAUGACAGAUGGGACAUGGAUUACGCUGUGCGAUUGCCGGUUAUGGACCUGUCCAGAAUGCAAGCUAGACAGCAGCCGGAAUCGAACUCCAGACCGUCAUCGGACGCCACGGACGAUUAAAAUUGUGUAUUUGUGAUUUUUCUGCAGCAACAAGUGUUUGUAACAUUCGAGUUAUCUCGUUUCGAUGGCUUGUGAUACUUUUUUUUUAUUUUAAAACUUUUUUUAUUUUAACUUCAAAAAGUUGAUUUACACAGGCAAGGACUUUGCUAAUUGUGUAACGAUUUUGAUGGUUAUUUUUUAACUGAACGGCUCUUAUAUCAAGGUUAGUAUCAAGGUUAAACCAAUUGGCAUCUACGCUGUUUUGACAUUGUGACUUUAGUUUAUUUUAGCUUCUUAGGUAUUUGGUUAUUCGUCCAACUAACUGCCUUUGUAGUUAUUAAAUAAAACAUUCCACAUGGAAAACCAUUUUAAAAAGCUAAGACAGUAUGAUACUUACAAUACAUUUUCUCUAUGUUUGCCAUCUUAAUUUCUGUUAAUAUAAAGUUACAAGUGUUGCUACACGAAUUUAUAUUUAAGUAUAGAUGUAACGAAACUAGAAUUCUGCCAAUGUAAAUUUAAUUGAGAAUUACUUACGACUAUUUGCCUUUACAACGAAUUGUAUCAUCGGUCAACGGUUUGUUGAUCUCGCCCCAAAUUAUUUGGCUAGAAAUUGACAAAUGAAUUUCGGUAGAUACGUUAUCGCUACUUCAUGCAUGAGGAGAACAGGAGGUCGCAGGUCGAUCUGUUUUUAUUUCGUAUUAAUGUACCAGUCGUUGAUGUUGACCUUCAAUCUAAUGUAUCUACAAUUAUCAUCGCUCAACAGUGUUUAUUUUUAAUGCUACUUUGUUUUUUGAAAAGUGAUAUUCGUCGCCCAUAGACAUGAAGAGCAGCGUGGAAAUCACAGAAUAUACUGAGAAGCCCACGGUUUCCCUCCUAUUCUUGAGGAUUAUGGUAUUAUGGCAUCGUAUUCCCAUUGCUAUAUCCCUUUAAACCGAAACAGCAUAUAAAUACAGCUGUUUCGCGUUAGAAACAUGAGUGGGACAAAAGUACAAGACAAGGUGAUUUGCUGCGAUUAAAUUCACCCCUUUUUUUUACAACGCAGAUGGCAAAAAGCAUACAGCCAGUCUGAUGGUGAACACUUACUGUAGCCUAUGAGCAAAAUGUGCUUGUGUUAAUUAUUUUAUGAUCAAUUGAUCUGAGGAAUUGUUCGGAUUGAUACCUGCUGCUGAUUUUCACCACCGUACAACCCGCCACAAACUAAAGUUUCAUCCCAAUCAUCUGAACGAGUGGUGGUCUUCCACCGUGCGCUUUAAAGGCACUUUCUUCCACGUACAACCAUUCUUUGGAAUCAACUUUCAGCAGCAGUAUUUCCGAACCGAUACGACAACAUAACCUUCAAGAAAAGAGCAUAUUCCUUUUUAAAAGGCCGGCAGCACACCUGCAAUGCCGCUGGUGUUGUGAGUGAUCAUGGGCGGCGGUAGUCACUUACCAUCAAGUGAGCGGCAUGCUCGUUUGUCC